AAAGAGGAAACACAAACCUCCCUUCAUUGUUUCAAUCCAAAAAACCCUUUGUACACAGUAGAUUUGCUUCGCAGAUCAAAGGCAAAAUGGCCAUCACACUCAACAAUGGAUUCAAGAUGCCGCUGGUUGGUUUGGGUGUUUGGCGUAUGGACGGAAAAGACGUUAGAGACCUCAUCAUCAACUCCAUCAAGCUUGGUUAUCGCCAUUUUGAUUGUGCUGCUGACUACAAGAAUGAAGCAGAAGUUGGCGAGGCAUUGUCUGAAGCAAUCAAAACUGGGCUUGUUAAGAGAGAGGACCUCUUUGUUACAACUAAGCUUUGGAAUAGUGAUCACGGGCACGUUCUUGAGGCCUGUAAAGACAGUCUUAAGAAGCUUCAAUUGGAAUAUCUUGAUUUGUAUCUAGUUCACUUCCCUGUUGCCGUAAAGCACACUGGAGUUGGUCAAACUGGCAGUCCUUUGGAUAAGGAUGGAGUCUUGGACAUAGACACAACUAUAUCGUUGGAGACCACCUGGCAUGCAAUGGAAGAUCUGGUUUCGAAGGGUUUAGUUCGUAGCAUCGGGAUCAGCAACUAUGACAUCUUUUUAACCAGAGAUUGCCUAGCUUACUCCAAAGUGAAGCCUGCUGUAAACCAGAUCGAGACACAUACGUACUUCCAACGGGAUUGUCUUGUAAAAUUUUGCCAGAAGCAUGGAAUCUGUGUUACAGCCCACACUCCGUUAGGUGGUGCUGCAGCCAACACUGAAUGGUUUGGCACAGUGUCAUGUUUGGAUGAUCCAGUCCUUAAGGCACUAGCUGAGAAAUAUAAGAAAACUGUGGCUCAGAUAGUUCUCCGGUGGGGAAUCCAACGAAACACGGUUGUUAUUCCAAAGACUUCAAAAUCUGAGAGGCUGAAAGAGAAUUUCCAGGUUUUCGACUUCGAGCUGGCCAAAGAAGACAUGGACAAAAUUAAAACCAUCGACCGUAACUAUCGGACCAAUCAACCUGCCAAGUUUUGGGGCAUAGAUCUGUAUGCAUAGAGCAGGAUGCCUGCCAGGUAUUCUCUUUGUGGCGACUUAUGGUUUCUGAAGAAUAAGAAAUCCAUGAUUGGAAAAUUUGUAGUUGGAUUUGUCAGUCGUCGAAGUUUCUUGUAUGUUAUCGAGUUGGCAUUUAUCUGCA